CUUCAGACAAGUCGGUCCACUAAUUCAAAUUUUCUCCAUUCUCUCGUUCCAAUUAUUAUUUACUUUUUUCACCCAAUAAAAAAAAAACCAUGCAUUCACUUCCGGUGAAUCUCGUCCUCACCGUACUUACGGUGUUCCUAACAUCACCGGCGCAAGUUAUCGGAUACCGUCCAUAUCCACCAAAAACCAACGGCUCCGAUCAAAUCUUCGACGCUUCAAAAAAAUUCGAAGGCUCAUCGAAUCUCGUCCGCCUCCGUUACCACAUGGGUCCAGUCUUAACCAACAACAUCACCGUUCACCCAAUCUGGUACGGCACGUGGCAAAAAUCCCAGAAGAAAAUCAUCCGUGAGUUCAUUAACUCAAUCUCAGCCGUUGGAUCUAAACACCCUUCAGUCUCCGGUUGGUGGAAAACCGUACAGCUUUACACUGACCAAACUGGAUCUAACAUUACCGGUACGGUUCGUCUCGGUGAAGAGAAAAACGACCGGUUUUAUUCUCAUGGUAAAUCACUUACCCGGUUAUCGAUUCAAUCCGUGAUAAAAUCCGCCGUCACUUCUAGGUCUCGCCCGUUGCCGGUUAAUCCCAAAAGCGGUUUAUAUCUUCUCCUCACCGCCGAUGAUGUCUACGUGCAAGAUUUUUGCGGCCAGGUUUGUGGAUUUCACUAUUUCACGUUUCCGUCGAUUGUUGGAUUCACGUUACCGUACGCUUGGGUUGGAAACUCGGCGAAGCUUUGUCCCGGAGUUUGUGCUUAUCCGUUCGCCGUACCGGCGUUUAUACCGGGAUUAAAACCGGUUAAAUCGCCUAACGGAGAUGUUGGAGUAGAUGGGAUGAUAAGUGUGAUAGCUCACGAGAUUGCUGAGCUGGCGACGAAUCCGUUGGUUAAUGCUUGGUACGCAGGACCCGACCCGGUAGCUCCGGUUGAGAUAGCGGAUCUUUGUGAGGGUAUUUAUGGAACAGGAGGUGGUGGUUCGUACACAGGACAGAUGUUGAACGAUCAUAGUGGUGCCACGUAUAAUGUUAAUGGGAUCCGACGGCGGUAUUUGAUCCAGUGGUUAUGGAGCCACGUUGUUAGUUACUGUACCGGACCCAAUGCGCUUGAUUAGUGAAUGAAUGGUAUGGUUUGUGUUUAAAUUUGGGAAGGGUAAUUUUGUCUUUUGGAAUUUGAGCUCGACAUUGUGGAAUUAUUAUGAUCAAGAAUGGGUUUGUUGUGUCGAUGCAUAAUUAAAAUUAGUUAAUGAUAGUUAUGAGGAAAGUCACGUAUGUUGCUUAUCUUUCUUCUUCUUGUUAAAACAAAGCCAAUCUUAAUGCAUAAUAUAUCUUGGUUGUCAAAGAGUAUUGAUCGUAUUAUUUAAUUAGACUGAAUUUUGCACACGAGUUAUCUUAAUAAAAGACAAAAUUUAUCCUUUAAUUGUCUUUCGUUAAUCAUUUCAAAAUUCAGCUUUUGCCUAAUGAUUGCAAAUUUGCAAUUAUAAACAUUGAUUUGAUGCCAAUUAUUGAAUUUGAAUAGAGUUUUCAAAAUGUUUUUGAUAAAGA